AUGAGUUGUAACUGCGCGGAGGAGAAAAAAGACAACAACGAGUUUUCACCCGCAGCUGAAAACGCGGGAACGCCGUCGGGGGAAUUUUGCCUGCAACCCCAUCAAGUCAUUGGUGCGGCACUGGAGGAUCUUUUGUCGGCCUCCAUCGCCACGUUUGCCGGUAAUGCGGCGCUGUGCUACCUGCUGGCCUCUGUACCUACGGUACAGGGACGCGGAGAGAAGUCGCUGCGUCUGCUGAAGGGAGUGCUUCACCUCGACCCCAGCCACCUGCUACGCGAGGGAUGCAGCUGCAAUAGCCAACCUGGGCCAUGA